AACGACGGCGAGUGUUAUCAGUGUACUUCCGUAGGUAGUGGCGCAGACGUCGAAGAGGAAAUAUCUUUGUUGGACAUCUUAAAACAUUUGCUUUUCUUGGGGGAAUGAUGCGUGAAUCCUGAAAUGAGAGUGUGAGAUGUUAUUGCUUCCGAAAGUGUGGAUAAUUACUGCUGCCACGUUGAUGACUUCUACUACAGUGGGUCCAAGGAGAAGCUACUGCUGCAUUCAUAAACACUUCUUUAGGACUCACAACAACCCUUGAGCUUUGUUUGUGGCUCAUCAAAAGUACACCAAAAUCUUGCUGUGCCCUUGGGAUGAUAAAGGCCGAAACGAGUAAAAUCAACAUGGAGGAUCCCGGCGGAGUUACCAGGCUCCGAGAGGAGCACGAAAAGGUGGUGAAGGACUGCCAACGUCGCAUUCAGCAUUGGGAAAAGGUUUCAGGUGAUUACGAAGCCCUGAAAGAACGUCUCGAAAGUCUUCCAGAAAAGCUGUCUUAUGAGAUCAUGGUGCCAUUCGGGCCUAUGGCCUUCAUGCCUGGGAAGCUGGUGCACUCUAAUGAGGUCACCGUGCUACUUGGUGACAACUGGUUUGCAAAGUGCUCCGCCAAGCAGGCUGAGAAAAUCGUCGACCACAGGAUGACGUAUGUGAAGAAUGAAGUUUGUGGUCUGUCCAAGACAAUGACAAACUUUGAAUCAAGAGUAGGAAUGGUGAAGGACUUGGAAAAUAUCGUAAAUGAAAAAGGUGACUAUGUUGACAUCAGAGAGGUGAUUGGAAACAAUGAGGCCACUGUCACAAAAGGAAAGCGUAGAGUGGCUCACAGGCCAAAUUCAAAGCCAAAACUGGAAACUGUGUUGGAUUUGGAAGAGGAAAGUGAAGGCAGUGGAGAGGAGACCCAACAAAAUGGGAGCACAAAAAGUUUCAUGACCCAGGAGGACUUGUGGGCUCGAUUGGAUGAACUUGAGAAAAUCGAAGAACAACAAAAUGAGCGAGAAGGCUUGUCUGAUAAUGCAGACGUUGGUGGUGAGGACACAUCAUCCUCUUCAUCGGAGGAGCCGAAUGAGAUAGACUCCUCUCCUCCAGAGAACGGACUUAGUCUGAAACAUCACAAUACUGCGCCCCCCAGUGGAGAAAUGAAAGAAGACGAUGAGGAACAUUACAAUCUGCCGACCAUUUAUUUCUCCCACACGGUCGAGCCCAAGAAGGUGAGGAUCAACACAAGUAAAAACACCACUUUAAAGUUCAGCGAACGGAAAGAACAAAAGGAACAUUCAAAGCGGAAAAAGAAAAAUGGUCACCAAAAUGGACGUUCUCAUCACGAAGUUCACAGAAUCCAAACACCUGCAGACAUCUACAGGCUGUUUGUGGAUGUGAAGGGUGGGGAGCCCAUGCCCAAGAAGUCCAUCCUGAAGUCACGGAGCCGCGAGAACAGCGUGUGCAGUGACACAAGUGAGAGCAGCGCAGCAGACGUGGACGAGCGCCGGAUGAUGGGCCGCAGUUUCAGCCAUGAUGAGAGCACACCCAGCGACAACAGCGACAGCCUAACAGAGGAUGACAGCUCCAAGAGAGUGCCAUUGCAUCACGCAGGACAGUUUGAGGCCUUUUCGGGGACAGUGGUGGAAAAAGACCCGAUACCCUUGGCUGUUCCUUUUCUUACCAUCGGUCCUCCGGCGCUGCCAACCAUCAUGGAAAGAAAACUGGAGGAGGUAGCGCCUGAUGAGGAGGCUCCUCAGCAACCUGUAAAACGGGUGUCUAAGUUCAAAGCUGCCAGGAUGCAGCACAAAUGACACUCUGGGGUUUUUACCCAGACAAACCACAAAUCAUCUUUCACACUUCAUUACACACUCUUAACAUGAUUCAAGUCCAGAACAGACCUUGUUUCAUUCAAUAUAAAGGUUAGCCAACUUUUUCAAUGUUGUCUGUCAUUGAUGCUUGCUAUUUGGUUCUCUUUUUGCUAUUGAUUAUUUUGUAGCUUUGCCUCUUAGGCCUACUUAUUACAAAUCAUGUGCCAGCUAUAGCUCACCUUUCUCCUGCUCUCAACCUACUGUGCGUAUACCUUUUGUUUAUGACUUUUUUGUUGAAACAAAACAAAAGAUUACUUAUGGGAAAGGAAAAUAAAUGGUUUUGCCUACAA